GUAAGUAAUACAUAAAUUGAAUAAUACUAUUUAAAACUAUCAUCGCCUAUUUCUCUUAUAGUCGUCGUGAAGUCCAAUGUUUCCUGCUACGUAUACAGUACUCCUUUAUCAAGGGUUUAAGUUGCAGCAGAAUUACUUUGGUUCUGAUGAGAAAGUCUGCUGACAUAGCUUAAAACAGAAAGUUCCACUGCAGUCACUGCUCGUCAGCCAUAUCAAUAAAAUACCUACCACAAUUCAACGGUUGUUCUAAAAUUGAAUGGUUGCAAGCCGAUUAACCAUCAGAUGAACAGAACACAAAAUAUUCGCACAUCCAAAGUUCCCCUCGAGACGUUAUAUGUUAUAUUGUCUUGCCGUGUGUUAGGGCAGCUGAAUGAACAUCUCCUCGUCAAAGGAUGGCAGAUAAACGUUCGACAACUGAACAUCUGUGCGAUGAGGAAAAAAAAUCAAGGAAUUGAAACGCAAAGCAAAAAUGCAAUGCAGCAAACAGCGAACAUUCACCGCUCCAAACAAGACAAAAACCAUCUUCUUUGCCCACUGCCGUUUCUGGCGGCGCACGCGCCAAUUGAAAACCAGCGCCGACGUUCUGGUGCAAGGAUAUGAUCGCGCGGUUGGCCGUUGGUGGUGAAACGCCUCAUUGGUGUUUUGCCUGUUUCAGAAGAUGAUCUCGCGCUGUUGCACCUCUGUCCCCGCCCCCUUUCCCCACUGUUCCCCUCUGCACAUGGUCUUCGCUUGAGAUUGGAUCCGCCGCGUGCUCGUGUGGGCGGUUGGAGCAACGGGUGAGCGCGGUAAUGGCGUCGUGCUCUUCCGAGAAGGAUAUCACCUGCGAGGCCCAAGUAAGUCACUCAGCGGAGAUUGAGCUGGAUGAUAAGAGCUCUGGAGAAAACAGCUCUGUUCGACCCCUGACUUCGUCCCCUCGGCCGGUGAGAGCUGCUCAGCGGGAGAUGAAGCGCAAGCCGGCAGACUCAGAGGAAUUGGAAGAAGCGAAUGUUCUGCCGCCGGUCUACGUGUCAACUGUCAAAUUCACGCCGGAGAGCAGGGUGAACCUGUACUGUGAUCAGAUUUUAGCUUCUUGCAAGGCAGAAGAAGCAGAUGAAGCAAUGAGCAAGUAUCUCACUGAAAAGCUUCGUGCAAGAACUACAUGGUUAGGCGUAUGGAAAACAAAUCCAGAGCUCUUCUUUGUAAAGUAUGAUGAAGGCUCUAUACCCUAUGUUGGUGUCUUGGUUGAGGUCAAUUGUAGACCUCGACAAAGCCAAUCUUCUCAUUUGCGAGCUACAGUGUCAAUCAUAGAACCAUAUUCUUCGAAUAUUGCUAAUCUGCCAAGAGAACUUGUUGAGGAAGUUUUGGAUGAGUUAGAUCACUGUGUUCCAUUGUUGGAAGUUUAUCCAAUAGAUGAUCAGGAUUCAGCUGUACGUGGUAUUGCUCAAGCUCUGGAAAAUGUUAGAUUCUUUUAUGACUUUCUGUGGAGAGACUGGGAUGAUGAGGAAGGCUGUGAAAAUUACACUGCACUUAUAGAAGAACGUAUACGUUUAUUUUAUGAUAUUCAAGAUGGAACAAUACCAGGCCCUAUAGGUCAGCGUUUCAAAAGAACAUUGGAAAAGUAUAGAAACAAACGUGUGGAGCUUAUUGAGUACCAAAGCAAUAUAAGAGAGGACCCAUCAGCAGCCGAAGCAGUGGAAUGUUGGAAAAAAUAUUAUGAAAUUUUAAUGAUUUGUGGACUACUAAAAAUCUGGGAAGAUUUGCGUCUUAGAGCACAUGGACCGUUUUUUCCACGAAUAUUGAGGCGUAGAAAAGGACAACGCUCUUCUGGAAAAAUUGUAACACACAUUGUGGCAAAAAUGUUAACAGCUGACAUGAUUAAGGAUUUCUCUGCUAAUACACUAAUUCAGCAACAUGACAACUUAGAUGCAUCCUUAGACAGUUGCUUCAGUGGAGACACAGUGGUAAUUUUUCCAGGAGAAUAUCAUGCCUCAGGAUUUGGAAUGUUAACAGAUGAUAUCGUUAUUAGAGGGGCUGGAAGUCGUGAAGAAAUCGUAAUCUUUUCAGAUCCCACACAAGACAAUUUUGUGGCUUCGAAAUCCCAAAAUAUUAGCUUAGUUCACCUGACUUUAGUACAGCGUGGAACUACUGAUGGCAUUGUGGUUGUAGAAUCUGGACACAUGACUCUUGAAGAUUGUCUGUUAAGAUGUGAAGGCACUGGCAUUUGUGUUCUCACAGGAGCAGCCUUAACAAUGAAAAACUGUGAACUGACAGGAGCUCAAGGACCAGGAGUUGAGCUAUACCCAGGAAGUGUUGCUUGUUUGGAAGGAAAUGAUAUUCACAAAUGCAGCAAUAUUAAAAGUUCUGAUGUCCUCAAGAGUAUGUUGGGAGGUAUCAAACUGAAGGUUCUUCCACCACCAAAACUGAAACUUCAUAACAAUUAUGUUCAUUCCAAUAAUGGCUACGGUGUUACCAUAAUCCAGCCUGAUGACAGACAUUGCCAUGAAGUAGAUGAGGAGGUGCUGGAAUGUGCUGCAGGAGGUGACAAGAGAGAUGAUCUUGUCAAGGCAAUGCAGAACAUGAGCCUUGAAAUGAACAACAACAAGUUCGAAAACAAUUCAAUGGGAGAAAUUGGCGUCAUUGUUUGUUAA